AUGUCACCUGCUCGACGCCUGCUCAACAGAUUUUCGACACUUCGAGCGACAGGAAGGUUCAAGUCAACGUCAUCUUCACGAGGCGCCUCAACUGACAGUUUGGAUGCCUCGACAAAUGGUCUGUCAAGUAAGUUUGCGCCCCUUUCCAACCAGGAUGGACGUCUGAUUCAUUUUCUUCAUGCAUUACUUAACAGACCUAUAACUCAUCCCACCUCUUGUGUUAUUUGUAUUGUAAAACCAAUUACAGCCAAAACGACGUCUGAACAUGACCUCCAUGCCAUCUCCACAAAGACAACAGCCAACAGUAGAGGUUUGGCGCCCCAAUUGCCUACUGGAGCACAAUCCGAGACAGACCUACGUUUUGUAACCUCUCGUGAUACCCAUUCAUGUGCUCCACUCAAUGAACCAUUUGGAUUCGGUGAAAAAUCUCCGCGCGCUUUCAUGUCGGAGAACGAUCUAUCCUCUGGCAGUUCUGAUUUCCCAGAAGUAAAUCGAACACCGAGCUAUCUUAGAAUCUCAUGUGCUUUGAAUGGGUAUACAAGAUCACCAAAAGCCGAUCUAACACCCAAAGUUCCAGUGGUUCUUGGAGAAAGUCUAGUGGAAAGGCGUGCCAGAAUGUUCUCACAGCCACAAGAGAGGAAACCAGCUCCUGGAUUUGGUAGUCCGUUGCCCAGCACACAGACGAGUGAAUCGAAAACGUCCGAAAUUGAAUGGUUGGUUCUUUUUGUCUUAUCAAGCACUACUCUCUGCGUCAUCAAAGAGACAUACGGUAUCACCGGCAAGAACGAAACGGAGACGCGGGCGUUCGGUUACCGCAGUAUCAAUUAUGUCUUCUUGAAAGUUGUGAAACUAGAAGAAUGUAUAGAAUACGAGAACCUGUUUGAGGAUUAG